AGUGCCAACCCACCACGCACGGACCUGCUGCAGACCAGCAGCAGCUCAGCCUGAACCCGCGCCGCCGAUCAACGCAUACGCGCGCCGCUAGCUUAGCUCUCUCUCCUCGUCGCCGGCUCGCCGCCGCAGCGCCCUCUCCGAUCCACGCGUGCCUCUAUCUCUCUCUUGGGAAACCCGGCGGCUCUCGUGCGGCGUCGUCUCUGCGGGGAGGCGGCCGGGAGAUGACUCUGAGGCUGCUCAGCACAGACCAGCACAACCACCUGCUGUCCCCGAAGCCGCAGAGCCCCAGGGAUGGCGGGUGUGGCUCCUCCGCCGUCGCCGCCGUGCUGAAGUCACCCAGAGCGGCGUCAGCGUCCUCCUCCUCCGCCUGCAGGAGCAGUAGCAGCCCCAGGCCCAAGAAGAUGGCGCGCGGCGGCCUGGAGCGCUCCCUCAGCUUCAAGAACUGGGAGGCCCAGCUGACCGGCGGCGGCGGCAUCAACGGCGCGCGCCCGGGCACCCUGUCCCUGCACCAGCCGCAGCCGCUUGCCCUGAUCGAGUACAUCUCGCCCCGCCCCCGCGUGGAGCUGGACGAGGCUGCGACGAAGCUGCAGAAGGUGUACAAGGGGCUGCGCACGCGGCGCGGCAUCGCGGACAGCAACAUCAUCGCGGAGGAGCUGUGGUGGAAGGCGGUGGACGCCGUGGACCUCAACAUCAAGUCCAUCUCCUUCUUCCACGAGGAGGUUCCGGAGACGGCGGCGUCGCGGUGGUCGAGGGCGGGGAAGAGGGUGGCCAAGGUCGGCAAGGGCCUCUCCAAGGACGACAAGGCGCAGAAGCUCGCGCUGCAGCACUGGCUGGAGGCCAUCGACCCUCGCCACCGGUACGGACACAACCUCCACCUCUACUACGACGUCUGGUCGGCAAGCUCCAGCUGCGAGCCUUUCUUCUACUGGCUCGACGUCGGCGCCGGCAGGGACCUGGUCCACCCGAAGUGCCCACGGAGCAAGCUCAGCUCGCAGCUCAUCACCUACCUCGGGCCGAUCGAGAGGGCUGCGUAUGAAGUCAUCGUGUUGGAAGGCAGGCUGAUGUACAAGCAGAGUGGAGCUCUGGUGCACACCAACGAGGAGACCAAGUGGAUCUUCGUGCUCAGCACCAGCAGGUCGCUCUACAUCGGGCAGAAGAGGAAGGGCAAGUUCCAACACUCGAGCUUCCUGUCCGGGGCAGCCACCACGGCCGCCGGACGCCUCGUCGCCAAGGAGGGCGUCCUCAAGGCCAUCUGGCCCUACAGCGGCCACUACCUCCCCACGGAGGAGAACUUCAGGGAGUUCAUCGGCUUCCUCGAGGACAACUGCGUCGAUCUCGCAGACGUCAAGCGAUGCUCCGUCGACGACGACGAGUACCCGUCGUUCAAUAAGACGCCGGCGCCGGAGGAGGAGCAGCCGGCUGAGGAGGCCGAGGUGGCCACCGCACACGACGAGGCCGUGGAGAGCCAACCGCAAACGGUCGAGCUACCUGCCGUGGACAUCGCGAAGCAGGAAACCGUGCCCGAGGCCGCCGGCGCCGACAACGACGACGAGGAGGCGCCAGCGACGACGACGAUGGCCAGGCGGCCGUCGUUCAAGUGGUCGACGCCGACGGGCGCGCGGAUCGGCUGCCUCCGGGACUACCCGGCCGGGCUGCAGAGCAAGGCCCUGGAGCAGGUGAACCUGUCGCCGCGGGUGGUGGGGGUGGCGCCGUCGCCGAGCAGGCCCAUGCCCAUCCCGUCGCCGCGGCCCAGCCCCAAGUUCAGGCUGUCGCCGCAGCUGCAGUACAUGGGGCUGCCCACCCCCACCGGCGCAAGGCUCCCCGUCCACAGCCCGGCGGCGCACAAGCACCACCAGUUCCUCGGCUUCCACACGCCCGCCGUCGCGCUCACGCUCCCCAAGCACAUGGCCAAGUGAUCUGCUGCCUGCUCUGCUGGUGCCGUCGCUCGCCGUACUCCAUUGACAUGCAAGGCCGGCCGCCGCCGCAGCGCCGUUUUCCAAGGUGCUGUGCUGCCUCUGCCUGUGCGGCCUUCUCUUCUUCUCUCCAUCACCUGGAGCUGGUCUGGUUAAUUAGGCGAGGGUUAACAGUUUUGUUGGUUCUUUAAUUAAGAUGAUUCGAUUGCGUUGUUGUACGUCUGAUCGUGCACCGAUUCUUUUGUACUACUACUAGUUAAUUACGUUUGUUCGUCGUGUUCUUGAAACGAGCCCUGAGGUGCAUACGCUGCACAGUGUAAACUGUAUGUAGUAGAACUACAAGCUGCAAGGCCUGUAUGACCUGAACCUGCAGUGCAGGUUCCUUUCUGAAUAAAAGAAGCUGUUAUGAUA